AUGGUGUUCCUCCGGACCGGCGCCCGUGGCACUUUUGUACAGAAAUCUUUAAUCAUCAUCUUAGCAUUCAUAUGUAUAGCUUCUUUGUUAGCGAACCGCGAGAAACUUUCUACCUCGAUAAAUAAUACAGUUGGACGGCCUCAGCAAUCAUCGAACCCGGGUGAAGCUGCUUCACAAAAUGCGCAGGCGUCCGCGACAGAUGUGCAGGCUCCAACAAAUGACGUCAAGUCUUCAGAUGCCCAUCUACACCUCCUCAUACCUGCAACUAGCAGCAACCAAUACCUCUGCCAGCUCCUUCUCUCAGCAGCUAUCCUGAACUAUCCCACACCAACUCUCAUCAAUUGGGCCACCAAGGAAGACAACAACGCAUAUGUCCAGCACAUUGCAAAGGUCAGCAAGAUUCUUCAAUACUUGGAGAGCUUUCCCCAAGGGAAAGAGAAGGACUUGGUCCUCAUUGUCGAUGGAUACGAUGUUUGGUUCCAGCUGCGUUCAGACGUGCUGAUAAAGAGAUACUUUGCCAUCAAUACCGCAGCCAACAAGAGGAUAUCGAAAACCCUUGGGAAUGUGGCCGCAAAACAGGACAUCAGACAGACUGUGAUAUUUGGCCCGGACAAGCUAUGCUGGCCCUCUGGGAACGAUGGAGGCCGUGCUGCUUGUUGGGCAUUGCCUCAAUCCACCCUACCUAAAGAUGCAUUUGGCCCCAUUAAUGAUACGGACAUUGUUACCGCGAUUUCUGACCCAGUCCACUCUCGACCACGCUGGCUGAAUUCUGGAACCGUCAUGGGUACUUUGGAAGACGUGCGAGCUGUAUUCGAGGCCACUUUGGAUUUUGUCCAAAAGAAUCACACCUCGGACUCCGACCAGUGGUACCUCGCCAACCUCUUUGCCGAACAAGAGUACUCGCGCACAUUACUGCAACAAAAGCCAUCUUUCAACGCGCCUGCAAAGCCCGAGAUCCCCGUCAUUGAAAAGGGCCAGAAGACCGAAUAUCACAUCGGACUUGACUAUGAAUCUGAGCUCUUCCAAACUGUUGGCUACUACCAAAAAUUCAUCUCUUGGCUGUGGUUUGAUGCUGCCAAAGGCAAAGGGCAGCAGCUCAGCCAGUCCUUCACCAACUCGCACGGAUUCGAGCUCCCGGAAGACAUUCUUGCAUCGCCACCACCUUUCUCCGUGGAAAGCAAGUCUCACUGGGAGACUACGAAUGUGGGCGAUGAAGAAAUCAGGGAAGCCGCAACCAGAUUACCUCUCGAUCGUAAGUGGAAAGAUCUGCCACUUGCUACCAAUGUCGUCACGAAGCAGAUUUUCACGGUUUUACAUUUUACCUUUGUGAAAGAAUUGCGGGAUGAAUGGUGGCGGAAAAUGUGGUACUAUCAGCAAGGCAAAGAAUUGCUCUUGGCCGCUACGAGACAGCACAAAGCUCCAACUAUCGACAAGCCUGUUCAAGGACAAAUGUGGUGGAAUGCAGAAGCGUCUCACUUGGCGGAUUCUGAACAGGUCCUGAAGUCGACACAAGGCCAGAAAGGCGGUGCCUGGAGUGACAAGGGGAAAUGGGUCCCAUGGGAUGAGGUGUGCUUGGCAUAUGAAGGGCUCAUCUUUCCCGCGAAGAAUAAAGGCGGAUGA